AUGCGAGAUGUGUAUAUGAAAAAUGGUCAAGGAUUUGUACUUGUAUAUUCAAUAACUGCUCAAUCAACAUAUAAUAAUCUUAUUGAUUUACGUGAUACAAUUCUUAAAAUAAAAGAUACAUUUGAUACUUUUGCAACUCUAAGCAAACGUUGGCCUUUAGCAUGCAAAUUGAAAUCGAAUGGUUUAUGUCAAUAUUUGUACACAAUUCCAUGGUCAUUCGAACAACUUGACAUAUCGAUGUUGGCGGAUGAUGAUACAAUUAGUAUUUGUCCGAAUAUUCGAUAUCUAACUGUUGAUGUACCAUGUACAGAUUUAUCACGACGUUUUCCAAAUAUUCAUACACUCAAUGUUCUGGUCGAAUGCAAUAUCUCUGGUAAUGACCAUGAGGAAUUUCGUCGACUUCGUCAUUUGAAAACAACUAAUAUUAAUAUGAUUUUGUUUCUUCCGACAAAACGUAUUCAAACAUUGACUUUACUUGAACGAUUCGAAUUUUUGAAAGAUACAAUAAUUUAUUCCAAUGUAUUACAUUUGAUAUUGGAAAAGAAUAAAAUAAAGUCGUUGAAUACUGUCAUCAAGCUUGUUAAAUGCUUUCCCAAUCUUCGUUCACUCAAAAUUCAACUUAAAAACACUGAUGAAUACUACAAUUGUCUUGAUGUGUUGCUUGAUGGUGAACAUUUGCCACAUCUAUGGCUUUUCAAAACAAAUUGGAUUAGUCGAUUCGGCUACUGUUCGUAA